AACAGGAGUAUAAAACAGGUGCACGGCACAGAGAGAUCACUCUGUAUCCUUCAACAACUUCUGUGAGCCACUUUCCUCCUUCUGACCUUUCCAGCACUUAUCCAGCUCCUACUAUCUUUCACCAUGGCUCUAUGGAUGCAGUGUCUGCCCCUGGUUCUUGUCCUCUUUUUCUCUACACCCAACACCGAAGCUCUAGUUAACCAGCACUUGUGUGGGUCUCACCUGGUAGAAGCCCUGUACUUAGUAUGUGGGGAUCGAGGCUUCUUCUACUACCCUAAGGUCAAACGGGACAUGGAACAAGCACUUGUCAGUGGACCCCAGGAUAAUGAGUUGGAUGGAAUGCAGCUCCAGCCUCAGGAGUAUCAGAAAAUGAAGAGGGGGAUUGUGGAGCAAUGUUGCCACAGCACAUGUUCUCUCUUCCAGCUGGAGAGUUACUGCAACUAGGGGACCAGGCUAAUGAUCUCCAAGCAAGGCACCUUCAAGGCAAUUCCAUCAUGCAAAAACACCAGGACAGAGAGCAUGGUCUAACUGUGGAUAAAAUCUCUUUCUUCACAUGUAUAUUUAUUCCUUAUAAAUUACAUCUGUAUCCUAAAUAUUCUGUUUUUCUUCGAACGAGUUAUAUGGAAUAAUUGUAGGUGAGAGGAGAAGAAACAUCUGUUAUUUUUCCAUUUUCAUUUGCUCUGAAAGCACCACUCGCUAUUGUAAUGCUACAGGAAAGACCUGGUUUUAGGUGACAGGGCAGGUUACAUUUAUUAAGUUCAGAUGUAAAAAAAAAAAAUCUGGAAGAAAAAGAGCCACCCCAAUUGUUAGUCCCAUCUUGCUUUUAAGUGCCUGGGCCUACUGUAUCUACUGCCUCUCUGUCUCAAUGCAAAUAAAUAUAAGCUAAAAUGCUA